AUGACUGCUGAUGUAAAUGUCAGCACUGUCGUCAACGCCAAUAAUGCAUUUAUUUCUUUUCUGGACCACUUGCCCUGCGAUAUAGUGCGAUCAUUGUGGGUCACUCAAUCCCUGAGCUUGAAGAACGAGGAGAUACGAAGUCAGCUAGACUCAUUGUUAAGGGAUCAAAGACCGGGCAAGAUCACAAAAGUAGAGACAUUGCGCGAUAUCGCGAACUUGAGGGGCCUCCUUCUACGCAACUCGAGGGAACUUGUUGCUGAAGCAGAACAGUUGUCACAGAUUUUGGCUCACCAUCAAAGGUUAUCCUCCAACGAACUACACCUAAUGGACAUUCUCAAGGAUUCCAGAAACCAACAAAACACACGAACGUGGGAAGAGUUUACUCGCUUCAAACGCAAAUUCGUCGCCACCGUUCAAGAUGAUUCUGAUGCCGACGACGAGGAUCCUCUGGCCCAGAAACGAGAAAUAGUUCUCAGCGCUGGAGAUAGUAGGGUCAAGAAGAAAAUCAAAGAGAAAAAGGAGACGAGAGAGAAGGUCGAAAAGCAUGAAAACCACACUCGCAUUUCUAUCAAGCUAGGAACAGAGUCGCCAGUUGCACCGACCCCAUCGCCAGCUCCGAAAACACCGCCUCAAGAACAGUACUGCGUAUGCCGAGGCCCAAGUAUGGGUAAGAUGAUCGCGUGCGACAACUCAUCUUGUCCGAUAGAGUGGUUCCACUACAAAUGCGUUGGGCUAUACGCAGAUCCAGGUGACAAACGCUGGUUUUGCAGUCCUGAGUGUGAACAGAAAUAUAAAAAUCGCAUCGCAAGAAAGAGACGCAGACGCAAAGCGUACUGA